AUGUCGAAGUUUUUCGAAAAAACUUGUAAUUAUAUUGCUGAUGAUUGCAAAAACUGGACACGUGCUGCGGAGUCGUGGCACAGAAACUUUGAGAAGGAUUUGAACAUGGUACGUGACCUUCAUAACAGUAUUGAAAAACUGGAGAAGGAAGUUGAGGAUUAUAUAAAAAAUCAAGAAACAAGGCCAGUCAAUUCAAAAAACGACAAAAAACUUGAAGAGAAAACAAAGCAGUUGAAUUCAAAAUCUUCAUCGUUAGCUGAAAAAAAAGAGAAGCUUAUUAAGGAUCGUAAUUUCAAAAAUAAGAGGAAUUCAGAAUCUUUCCAAAAACUUAAAAAUGGACUGAAUUCAAUGAGAGGAAACCAACUGGAUGUAUUCUGGGAGAUAAUGCGUGUAUUUUUGUUUCACACAGCAAACAUUAAAGCAAUAGAAGCGAAGUACGAUGCAGCUUUUCCACCAGUAACGGAUUAUUCCGCUGGAACUGUCGUAAAUCCUAUUCUUGAGGAAGAACCAAAUGGUUCUAUAUCUUCGGACAGCCUUGAACCUCCUGAAUCUCUAUCCAUUACGCCCGCUGUACCCAUCGAUAAGGACGAAAAAUUCAUGAAUGAUAACCUGACAGAAAACAUGACUGGUAUGCUCGCACGGAUUCAAGAAGCAUGUUCUGCAGUUACUGCAUGGAUAGCCCCAACAGCAGUGCCGAGUACUUGCGGCCAAGAAACCGAAAAUGUCGCUUCUGAAAUUAACAACAAAUUUACUGCACAAACCGAAAUAGAUAAAAAGAAACUGGAAGAAAAAACGAUGAAAGAUAAGAUAGAUAAUGAAAAAGAACAGUUGGCUCUGGUUCAUCACAACAGGCAGAAAUUAGCUAUCCAGACUAAUGGAGAAGAAGAAUGGAAAAAAAUUUUUGAAGGUGGCCAGAAAAAAUCUGAGACCUAUCUCCACAGAUUGGAAGAGCAGAGGAGAGAGAACGAACAAAAAAUAAGGGAAAAACGAGAGGAAAGGGAGAGCUAUCAGCAAGAAACCAAGCGUCGUGAAGAAGAAGCAUUCAUUCGAUUCCAGCAAGUCACCGAUACAGUGAUCCAGUGUCUCAUCUUGAAACUAAGUUUUGAUGUCAAAGAAAAAGAAUGGUCGGAUUGGUUGCAAAUGCUGCAGAAAACGAUUGCUGGAGCGAAAAUGCAAUUUUCAAAUUUUGAGAACACAAUGGUGUAUGAAACAUCGAGGAGUGAGAUGGAAUACGAGCUCAAUAAUCUUCAUUGCUCCACGUUUUCUGCGUACAGUAUUAUGUACAAAGCUUGGCAGGUGGCUAAACAAUACUCUGAAGUUCACGAAGACAAGAUUUUUCUGAAACUUCUAAUGGUAAACUUUGUCUCAAUUUGCGAUAAGUUUUUCAACAUUCUGGAGUCUAUUGAUAACUUUGAGUACUCUUCUUGUGCUGACCCAGUAAGAGCAAUCCGGGAGGCAUACUCUUCUGUUAACGGGUUCGAUGUGCAUACUACAACUAAACUGCGGAGUAUUUUGGCGAGGGCUAAGCCCGAGAGCUAUUCGAAUAUUCCUGAGCCACGAUUUUAUCAGAAUAACUUAUUAUAA